AUGGCUAUCGACUACCUUCAGGAGCUUGCAGAAAACAAGGACGAGUUGAGCGUGGCUUAUCACUAUUGCGGGUCUCCAGAGACACACAAGGAUGGCCUUGGAAAGCUGCUUGGUAGACUUGUGUCCCAAGUUCUCCGGCAAGCUAAGUCGGGAUCUGCCUUGAGUGAUACGUUCGAGACUCUAAGCCGCCUCAAAUUGCGGUCUAGAUACCCUCCCCUGGAACAAAUGAAAAAGACAUUGAAUACCAUUGGAAAUUGCUUAUCCACCGUUUUCAUGGUUAUAGAUGGCAUCGAUGAGCUUUCUGACUCUGACGGCUUACUGCGCAUCAUUCGAGAGAUCUCCAUCGCUUCCAAGUCUUUCAAAUUCUUGAUAUCAAGCCGAAGCAACGCUAUGGUUGUUGAUUCAUUGUCAAACUGUCGUCACCUCAGUUUGAACUGCGACCUUAUCGACGGUGAUAUUGAACGAUAUGUACGAUUUCGUGUCUCAAACUUCCGGUGGCAUGACGUUCCGGACAUGGAAGAAAUAAUUCAAGGGCUGGUCAAAGGUGCAGAUGGAAUGUUUUUAUGGGUUGCUUAUCAGCUGGAUUCUCUGUCACGCAUACGGACAGCGAUACCAAAAUCAGCCCUUAAUUCAUUACCACGAGGUUUAGGACGUACAUACGAAAUGAUUCUGUCGAAACUAUCGGAUGAAGACAAACAUCUAGCCCUCAGAAUACUGCAAUUUAUUUUGUGUUCUGAGCGUGGCUUACAUCCGGCGGAACUAGUGGAAGCAAUAGCUAUAGAUCCCGGCCAGACGAAUCCACAGCAACUCAAGGGAAACAAGCUUCGCAAUGAAGAUGAUGUUUUUGAGAUUUGCAGCAAUCUCAUACGGCGCUCAAAGGCAACUGGACAUAUCAUGCUAGCUCACCACUCUGUUCGGGAAUUCUUGAUAUCCCCUUCUCUAGAGUCGGGGGAGCUCAAUCCUUUUUACAUCAGCGAUAUUGAUGCCUCGAUCAAAAUUGCAAUGUCAUGCCUCACGUAUCUUAAUUUUCAAAACUGUCACACUCUUUCAAUUUCUGAGGAUAUUCCUGAAGAUGCUCUGGAUAGGCUCGUUGCUGAAUACCCUUUCCUUAGUUAUGCUACAUGCAACUGGUCUCGCCAUAUUCCCACCAUUUAUGCUGAGUCCCAGUGCUUAUUAGAACCUAUUAUCAAAAAGUUCUUCAACCCAGAGCUUGGAGGCCUGAAAUUUUGGAUUGCGUUUGCGCAAUAUACCUACGGAAGGUUUCGGAUUCCGUCCAAGUUGACGCCGCUCCAUAUCUGCUCCAUAGUUGGUGCCUGUGAAGAGGUCAUCCAGCUUGCCUCUCCAAAAGAGAAUGCAGACAUACGUACUGAGAGAGGGCAGACAGCACUUCACCUUGCUAUUGACAAUGGCCAUCCAGAAUUAAUUGGAAGUCUUAUUAAAGCUGGGGUACCAAUCAAUACCCAAGAUGGAUAUGGCCAGUCAGCUUUACAUAAAACGAUAGAACUGGGAGACAAAAAUGCCGUGAUAUCACUCCUUUCGGCUGGGGCAAACGUCAAUCUAAUAACACAUGAUGGGACCACAGCUUUUAGCAUUGCCGCGGAUAAUAACUGGACUGCGAUUAUGUAUCUCAUCGCACGUGUGGUUAAAACCAAGCUUACUCUCCCAGAUGGUCGUACGGUCUUACAUCUUGCAGCCCAGUCUGGAGAUAUUGAAAGUGCGCAAGAAUUAAUAAAGAGAGACAACUCACUAUUACAUCAGAGAGACCCAAAUCAAUGGACGGCUCUUCAUUUUGCGGCUCACCAUGGCCAAACCCGCAUGGUCAACUUCCUGUUAGACAAAGAUAUAAGGCCUAGUUUGGAUAUCAACGAGUGGUCACCAGCACAUUCUAUCGUCCAGCGUCGAGAUACAGCAACUCUGAAACGGCUUCUAGAGUGCCCCUGGUCGGCCGAUUAUGAGUCUAGAGUAGACUAUUCUGACGUACUGCGCCGGGAAGCUCAUCCGCGCGCCCCAAUGUAUCUUUCGCACAGUCAAAAGUAUGGAUAUACAGGCAGAUCCACUCAACAGGAGCCUACAUCAUCACCUCCCACGCCUCAGAUGCCUUCGCUUGCUCACAGAUAUCAAAAUAUCAGUCGAGACUCCGCUUCACGUUACCCGACUGCCUCGCCAUUUGGUAGUGCAUCCAGUGGCUCUACAGAGCGUGGGAUCUUUGGUCAGCCUCCGCCUCCCCUAAGCUUCUCGCAAAAUCUAUUUGGUGAGAGAAGGACCUCUGGGGCAUACGGAUAUUCCACCGAACCACGGCUUCCGAAGUUUCAUUCGAUUAUACGAUCUCUACUCGAUCUCACCAUAUCAUUAAACUAUCCCGAAGGUUUUGGAUGUCUUAUAGAGUGUCAGGGCGAAUACACUGUUAUGGUAUUGGGCGAAUUACGCCAAUUAAAACUCGUUUUGGAGGUUCCUGGAGGAUCCAAACUGUUUAGGCUACUAUUCUUAGAGUCACCGCUAAGCGUCCAGUUUGAUAUUUUAUUAUUUGCAUUGACAGAGAGCCGCAGUGACUUCCGUCCAACUAUUCAGAACGCGAUACAAAAUUCCCCGUAUCGUGUGCAUGGCGCCCUUCUCCUACAUUCAGUUGACCAACUCAAAGCCCAGCCUCUGGUGUUUUUACUGGAGACAUUGAGCCCCGGCCAAAGGUUACAUGUUUUAUCAUGGGUCAUUGACCAGUAUUAUGACGUUGACUUGAUGGCACAAACAGCCCGUAGGCAUCCACGGAAGGAAUCUUUUUUAAGGGCGUUCUUGAGGGUUCUCAUUUAUGACAAACACGCCGAUCACAUCAGCUCCAGCAGCGGUUGCUCAAUCAAUGACGGACUUCGCCUGCAGAACGAUCACUUCACUUUUCUCCUUCUAGAGGAAUUGGUCUUUCAGGGGCCGGCGCAGAUACGGAAUGUUUUUUCCAACUUCACGCAUUUCUCAGACGAAUCACCCAGCCUGGACCUUGUUACAAGUUUAAUUGAUUAUGCAAAUCGAACCCGUGGCUUCAGUGAUGGAGAUGACCGGUUUAUAAACGACAUCCUCUCUUCGACAUUGCUGUUGGCUAAGACAGACGGGAGGGCGGAUAUAGCAGCAAUGCUACUAGAAGCGGGUGCUGAUGAAAAAACUGUCGUGGGGAAGGCUGGGCCUGCUAUACCCACAGAACUUACAACCCUCCAAAUUGAGGAUAAACUCGAGCAACUAAGGCUGAAGUUAGCCACGGUCGAAGACGGCCAAUAA